AUCGUCUUCAGCGGAGCACACACAGCAGCUAGGUGUGCUCUUCCCGCCAGAAAUUGUAAAUAAUUAACAGUUAAAAACUCACCACCAAAAGAAAGUUAUAAACGAAAACGCUUAACCAAACCAAAGAUGCAUGAAUAUGAAUCAAAGCAAAUAUGAUACAUAGCCAAUAUGUAUAUAGAAACUAGUAAGGAUAAAUAAAGUUCAAAGCGAGGAAAAACACCGAUCCCGACAAGCAAAUGUCCGGAUAAGGGAGCCGCUACCUGACCAAUGGAUGAAAAUGCAGCCGUCGUCGCCGUCACUUUCGCCGUCGUCACUAUCGCAUCGCUUUUGUCAGCAGCAACAGGAAAAGUCGGAAAAGCACCAGCAGUACCAGCAGCACCAGGAGCAGCAACAGCAGCAGAAGGAGCAGCAGGAUCAGAAGGAGCAGUCCUGCCACGCCCACGCCAAUCGAACGCCCUCGGUCGGUACGGCAGCGCUGGCUCAGCUGGCGUCGACGCCCGCACCGGCAGCAGCGGCCUAAAUUGCCCAACCGCAAGAAUCCCACUUCGAAAUAGCCCAUAUACACAGCAGCAGGCGAUAUUGCAACUGCAACACAUACUGCACUCGCAGCAGCCGCGAAUACUGCUCAUAUAACUGCAACAUCGAGAGACCUUUGCCGCUGCAAGCGCAACAGCAACUGCAGCUGCAACAGCAUCCUCCAGCAGGACAACGCACAAAAAACCCACUACGCAUAAGGCAACGGGGCAUAAGGAGGCACAAGGAGGCGCAGGAGGAUAGACCGGAAGCAGAAGGACAGGAAGUGGGGCGGGCUGCGGACACAGGCAAACAAAAUGGCGGAUGGUGGGCAUUCAUUCGUGAAGAAGACAUUUCAUAAGCCAACAUACUGUCACCACUGCUCGGAUCUGCUCUGGGGCCUCAUCCAGCAGGGAUAUAUCUGCGAAGUUUGCAACUUUAUCAUUCACGAACGAUGUGUCAGCAGCGUGGUAACGCCCUGUUCCGGCAUCGCUCCAUGUAUUAUAAAGAAUCCCGUUGCCCAUUGUUGGUCCGAGCCAACUCAUCACAAGAGAAAAUUCUGCACAGUUUGCCGUAAGCGAUUGGAUGAAACGCCAGCGGUGCAUUGUUUAGUCUGCGAAUAUUUCGCGCAUAUUGAGUGCCAAGAUUUUGCCGUGCCCGAUUGCACCGAGAAUGCCACGUAUGUGCCAGGCAAGGAGCUGCUUAAUGUGAAGCAUCAGCAUCACUGGCGAGAGGGCAAUCUUCCAUCAACGUCCAAAUGCGCUUACUGCAAGAAAACCUGUUGGUCCUCGGAAUGUCUCACUGGCUAUCGUUGCGAGUGGUGUGGCAUGACGACCCAUGCCGGAUGUCGCAUGUACCUGCCAACCGAAUGUAAUUUUGGUAUUCUACAACCUAUCUACUUACCUCCGCACUCAGUCUCGAUUCCGCGCACCGAGGUGCCCAUCGAGGCCAUCAUCGGCGUCCAGGUCAAAUCGAAGACUUCGCUCGUGCGCGACUACUCGUGUCCCAGUCCGGAUUUGAGCUGCCCGAUACCGGGCGCCGGAUCGGGUUCACUGACGAGCCUGGGCCUGAAGGAGCUGCUCGAGCUCCACAGGCAAAGGCUUGAGCAAUCGAAACAACAUUUUCUCCUUUCCACGCCGCCCACGCCCACCUCCUGUGGCUCCAUCUCACUGUGCCACUCUCCGACGCCCUCCUCGCUGACAGUCGGCGAGACGAGCAACGAGGCGGAGCAAGAUCGGGAGCGGGACCAGGAUCAGCCGGAGGAGGAGCCCGAAGAGGAGAACACGGAGCAGGACAGCGCCCUGCAGCUAACCACCUCCACUUCGAAUGUGAUUGGUAAUCUUCAGAAGUGGCCAUCGGCCAACUCCUCGCUGCACCUGCUCUACACGAAUCUCUUUCGGAAACUUGGCCAGGGCAAGCGGAGGCGGAAAAGGGGCAUCAGCAGCGGUGGCCUCUCGCCCAGCGAAGAUGAAGACGAUGUGGACGGCGGUGUCUGUGAUAUAAGCGGUGGCGAUCUGAGCGAUGAUUACGACCACUGCGACGUUGCCCUGCGGCGGCGAUCCCUGCGCAGCCGGCAGCCGCGGGACGUCAGCGAGACGGACUAUCACGGGGAUGCCGAGGCGGAGGCGGAGGGUGAGACUGUGCCGCGGGAAAGCUGCUAUGAGACGUCGGACACGGGCGGCGAGCUGACCAAUACCGAUGACCUCGACAGCAGCCUCAAUCUGAUUAGCAACCUUAGCUAUAAUAGUAGUAAUAAUAGCAAUGCCUGCAAUGUUCCUGGCGGAGCAACUGCACCCGACGCCAGGAAUACCGCCACCACCAGCACCACUGCCCCGGGAAAGUCCGGACACGCCUUGAGCGUCCAGGGCGGACGCCAGCAACCCAAGACUGGGGCUCUGGCCCAAAUCAAACCCAAGCCCAAACCCAUACUCAUGCCCAAGCACAAGGCGCAGGGCAAGGGCGGCUCCCUCAGCUCUCCGCUGUCCAACUCCAAUUCGAGUGACUGCUCCUCGGCAUCGCCCUCUGCCCCGGCUACGCUGCUGCAGCUGUCGCCGGUGGGCAGGAGUAAGUCCUUCCAGGAGUCGGCGGCCAUAACGGCUGUGUCGCGCUAUAAGAAGUACGGACGCGGUUUGUUCCAGCGCCGACGCUCGAAGAGAUCGCCCAAGAAUGCGGUCGGUGUGGGCGGCAAGAGCAACUACAGCCUGGACAGGCUGUCGCAGAAUAUUGAGAUCACCAUCCAGGACGAGGAUGGCAACUUCCAUCCGUACGACGACAACUAUCAUAUGCUGGCCGGGCGACUGGACGCCACCGAUGUGGACGACGAUGUUGGCUUCGAUGAUCUCUACCUGGACGACCGGCCGAGCGGGGCCAGUGAUGAUGUGGCCUUUGCCGGCGACAUCAGCGACGGCGGGGCCAGCAGUCGAUCGAGGGCCAGUGACGCCAGCGAUGGUCAUGUCCUGGGCCGGCUGCUCCGCCAGGUGCGGCAGGGCCUCUCCGUCGGCUGGCGCAAACCGCGCUACCAGAAGCGCAGAGCACGCAGCAUAUCCGAGGAGUUCAGCAGCGGCGACACACCUCGUUUCAAGGACGAGGAGUCGGCCAGCAAGGCCGAAUCGGGACAUGGACCCAGCAGUGGUGGUGCAGGUGGUGGAGGCGGAAGUGGCGGUGCUGGAGGCUCAUCCGCAGCUGGUGCAUCGGCAUCGGCUGCCGGUGGCUCCUCCGGGCACUAUAGACCCGAUUCCGGUUCCGGUCACAAAUCGGAUAAAUCGGAGAAGGAUCGCGAGAAGAAGGAGAAGGAGCGCGAGGAAAAGGAUAUAGAGAUGAUCAAGGUGUUCGAUGGCAACAACUCAUUCCGACGCCAGCAGUACCGCGUGAUCAUCGUGCAGCGCACCUAUACGCUGGAGCAGCUGCUGACCACCGCGCUGCGGGCAUUCCACAUUACGCGCGACCCGCAGGCCUUCUAUCUGACCGAUCUGUAUGCACCCGCCGGCAUGGAGGAUACUCCGAUGCUCGAUCCCACGCCCGUGCUAAACCUGGUGCACCUGGAGGGCAAGCGACCGGCCAUAUACCUCCGGUUCCACGACCGUGACCGUGGCCAUGUGCGCGUCUACCCCGGCAAGCUGCAGUGCUCGAUGCUGGAGGAUCCCUAUGUCAGUGUUCCUGUAGAUAAUAGCACAGUUAUUAAGGAUUUGAUACGCGAUGCCCUGGACAAGUUCGGGCUGCAGGAUAACCAGAUACAGGACUACAGGUGCUCGGAAGUGUUGCUCGAUCGCGGCGUGACCGAACGCAUUUUGUCGUGGAACGAAAGGCCCUGGGAUAUUAUGAAGCAGCUGGGCAAGGACUCCAUUCGACAGAUGGAGCUCAUGCGGUUCUACAUGCAGCACAAGCAGGAUCCGCAUGGUCCCAAUAUCGCGCUGUUCGUGGGCAAUCUGCCCACCGGUCUCUCGCAGCGCAACUACGAGCAGAUCCUCAACAAGUACGUAACCGACGAAAAUAAGUUCAUCAGCAUCGGACCCAUCUACUACGAGUAUGGCUCAGUGGUGCUCACCUUUGAGGACUCCAUGAAGGCGGUUCGCGCCUUCUACAAUCUCCGCGAGACCAUUAUCGAGGACAAGAAACUGCUGGUUCUGCUCCUGCCGAACAUCGAGCCCAGCAUGGUGCCCUCGGAUGUGAGACCACUGCUGGUCUUUGUCAAUGUUAAGUCCGGUGGUUGCCAGGGAUUGGAGCUGAUCUCCAGCUUCAGGAAACUGCUGAAUCCCUACCAGGUAUUCGAUCUGGAUAAUGGCGGUCCUUUGCCUGGGUACGUUCAACCUAUAACCGUGUUUGUGAUUCGCCCACUUAUCUUUGAUUCUAUCAUUAGUUUGUAUGUAUUCCGGCAAAUAACCAACUACAAGAUUCUGGUUUGCGGCGGAGAUGGCACCAUUGGUUGGGUGCUGCAGUGCCUGGACAAUGUAGGCCAGGACUCGGAGUGCUCCAGCCCACCUUGCGCCAUUGUUCCACUGGGAACAGGCAACGACUUGGCUCGCGUUUUGUGCUGGGGCUCCGGCUACACCGGCGGUGAGGAUCCGUUGAAUCUGCUGCGCGAUGUUAUCGAGGCGGAGGAGAUACGGCUGGACCGCUGGACGGUUGUCUUCCAUCCAGAGGACAAGCCCGAAGAGCCGGCUAUGAAGGCGCCCUCGCAAACAACCGGUAAGAAGAAGAAGGCACACCAAGCACACCUAUCGCAAUCGCAACAAACCAAUCAGCAUCAUCAAUUACCGGCUCUGACAUCGAGUGAUAUAUCAGGCGGUGCCCAAAACGAGGAUAACUCUCAGAUCUUCGUGAUGAACAACUACUUUGGCAUUGGAAUAGAUGCGGACCUCUGCCUGGACUUCCACAAUGCGCGUGAAGAGAAUCCCAAUCAGUUUAAUUCGCGUCUGCGCAACAAGGGCUACUACGUCAAGAUGGGACUGCGCAAGAUCGUGGGUCGCAAGGCUGUCAAGGAUCUGCAAAAGGAACUGCGCCUGGAGGUCGAUGGCAAGAUUGUCGAACUGCCGCCCGUCGAUGGCAUCAUCAUCUUGAACAUUUUAAGCUGGGGCAGCGGUGCCAAUCCCUGGGGUCCCGACAAGGACGACCAGUUCUCAACGCCCAACCAUUACGAUGGAAUGUUGGAGGUGGUCGGUGUUACGGGCGUGGUUCACUUGGGUCAAAUCCAAUCCGGAAUUCGUACGGCCAUGCGCAUAGCUCAGGGUGGUCACAUCAAGAUACACUUGAAUACCGAUAUGCCCGUCCAGGUGGACGGUGAGCCCUGGAUUCAGAGUCCCGGCGAUGUGGUCGUCCUAAAGUCGGCCCUCAAGGCCACCAUGUUGAAAAAGAACAAGCUGAAAAUGAAACGCCGGAACACGGAACCCACCAUGAUGGUGGCCGGCUCGGCCGCCCCCCCUCUGUCCCUGGCCCUACCGCCCAGCGUAGGCGAAGUGGGCGUGGCUGGGGAGGGCGCCGAGGGCGACGGCGGUACGAACAACACGGAUUUCUGAAUAUGGUACAGCGAGCGUCUGAUUUAACGUGCUAAUUCCAGCGCAGAACCAAACUGCAUCCCACACAGACCACAGACCCACCCACCCGCGAAAAGCCCACCCGAUCCCCCCACCCAAUAGCAAAAGCAGCAGCAGAAGAAGCAAAAGGAGCAGGAGCAGAAGCUAAAGAAGAAGCCACUUACCAUCUCAGCAGUCCAUAGUCCAACACUGAACACCAAACACCACAGAAACCAAAGAGCUGGCAACUCGAAAAUCAAAAGCUGUAAUCAAAAUUACUUGUAUAAAGUGUCCAGUCCACAGUAUUAGAUCGGAUUAUAUGACGAUGAUCAGUUUAGCAGCUCAGCGAACCCGGCCGCCUUUCCACGGUCUGAAAUCAGUACGUUAAACUCAAACAGCUCGAACCAACACUGUCCGCUCGCCAUUUGCAUUUCGUACAGUGUAGAAAGCAGCAAGAUGCGCAGCGGGCAGACAUGAAACUAAGCCAACUCAAAUGUUAAACAAUAGAGGGUAUUUAUAGUAAAGGAAAGAGAUUUAAUUCAAAAGCACUCAGCAAUAGUCUGGCCAAGUUGUAUCAAAUUCAAGUUCAAUUAUGUUCCUUCUCGUUUUGUUCCUACGUAAGCGACAGCAGAAACCGAUUAGUGAUACCGUUAAACAGAAAGAAGCGCAAGCAGUAGUAAAAAAUAAACAGGGAGAAUGAAAAAGAAAACAAAAAGAAGGAGUAAAGCUAAAGCUAGAGAAACCCAAGAAAACAAAACAAAAAGUACAAAAUUGUUGAAAAUUGUUUGUUAUAACUAAAUGAAAUCGCGUAAAACCAAGUAAGCACACCCGAACUACGACAAACAAAGUGAAAUCAAAGAAAUAAAGCUAUGUAUUACCAAGUAGGUAAAUAAUGUUGUGUUCCAGCGAACCCCAGUGUUCCGAAACCAACGUGAAAAGGUUAAAAAAAAAAACCCAGCCAGGUCAAGAUACAAACGUACAGCAGAUGCGGGAAAAUUUAUAUGAAACUUUUUUAUGUUGUGGAUCGAUUCGAAACGCGAUAUUGAAACUUUUGAGUGGGAAAAAAGCUGCAAAUUGCAUAGUUGGCUAACUACUAAUUGGGACGAAUAAAUUGGAACCCACAGGCGGGCCUAGCUCGUCCUGUGUGCCAUUGAAUUAAAUGCGGAAAAACACCUUUGGAUUGUGCAAUUGGUAUGAAUUUUCUCCGCUGCUGUGCGUCCACCAAAAGAAAGAAGAAAGUGAAAAACCACGAGAAAUAGGAAAAUGCAUUUUUCGAGCGUAGGCAAUGGCAUCGCAAGUAUUUCACCUGCAUUUGUCUAAAACAAGAAAC